GCGUGAAAGAGAGGUGGAGAAAUCCCUUUUGACCGUCACUAUUCAGAAGCAGAGUAUUUCUUGACGAGCCUAGUGGCUGAGUUUCUUGGCUUGCAGUGGUGUAAUACCUGUGAUAACUAAGUUUCAUUUGCUGGAAUUUUAUACCGGUUAAACCAGAAGCCUUUACAAUUCAUUUAAAAAACAGAUGUUUCGAUGAUCGCUAUUCUCUGAGAGAUGCAUGUGCUCUUAAAGAUCUGCUAGAACAAUUUUCCUUUACAGAUGAUCAAUAAGCAUAUAGUGGGGAAUUUGCUGAAAAUCGUGAUAAAUUUAAACGGUUUUUCAAAAGCGAGUUUAAUAUGCUGAUUACCUCUUUUGUUGCUUCUGUGUAUCAUUCUGAAGUUAAAAGUGCAUACUAGGAACAGAAAUAAAUUCCCUUUGUGUUGCAUAUUUCCUAACCACGUUAAAAAUUAUCCAUUUAAAUUAAUUGUUGAAGCCUGACUAUUGCGGACAUUACUUGCUAUGAGAAACGUUAAGUACAUUUUAUUCCAUUUCCGAAGAUGAUGGAAGAAGUAUUUGAACCUUCACCAUGUAAUGAGGAAGAACAAGCUCAUCAUCCUUUGCUACAAAGCACAUCCAGCAUUAAUUACGAUCCUCCUCAAUCUUCAGAGCUGAAACUUUACAGAAUGAGGCCGAGAAUACCUAAAAAUAUAAGCAAAUGCCGUAUCAUCAAGAACUUAACUGUUAUGAGUUUUUCCCUGUUCAUUUUCUUUCUGGGAUUUCAGGCACUUGCGAAUUUACAGAGUACUAUGAAUUCAGCGAAAGGUUUAGGCAUGGAUUCUCAAGCUGCUAUCUACGCUUCGUCCAUGAUAUCUGCUCUUCUGCUACCAGAUCUGAUGAUUAAGCGUUUCGGAUGCAAAAGGACUCUCGUUUCCAUGAUCAUCUGCAGCAUUCCUUUUAUUGCUGCUAACUUUUAUCCAACUUGGGAGACUCUCAUGCCAAGUUCUGUUCUGAUCGGUUUUGCUGCUGGUCCUCUUAGCACAUCUCAAGCUCUCUAUAUAAAUGAAAUGUCUUUGCAUUAUCAUAAACAGUCUUUAUCCGCAAGUUUGGAAUCUGUGAUGGCCAGAUUCUAUGGGACAUUUUAUUUCUUUUCUGAAAAUACUCAAAUAUGGGGGAAUUUGAUAUCUUACUAUGUUCUCCGCCCUGGGAUGGUACCGAUUCGGAACCAUAGCAUAAUACCAUGUGGCAUAGAUUUCCAUAAAUAUGGUUCAGGAAACAAUACUAAUCCGAACCUUCAACCUCCAACAGAAGAAAAAAGGUUCCUGUUGGUCGGCAUAUACGUGGCUUGUGGACUUCUUUCUUGCCUUCUUUUAGGAUAUUUUGUGGACCCGUUAGAUAACGAUAAAGAUACUGAUGAAACAAGCAACAAAUGCGAGUAUGUAAUUGACCGAUUACUUUCUGCUGUUAAACAGACAACAGUGCCAGACCAAAUGCUCUUGUUGCCUUUGACUGUAUUUUGCGGCAUGCAAACAGCAUUUUAUACCAGUGAUUUUACCCAGGCUUACAUUGCAUGUUCAUGGGGCAUACAUCAUGUAGGCUUUGUAACAAUCUGUUUCGGAGUGUGCGGAGCCAUCAUGGCCGUCCUUGUCGGGCCUCUGGUCAGGUGUAUCUCGCAGAUGUCUGUGCUGAUACUGGCGGCUUGCAUCAAUGUAACUACAUGCGGGCUUUUAUAUGUUUGGGAACCCACCCCUGAUAAUGUAACAACUUACUUCGUGUUCGCCGGUGUCUGGGGCAUGGCAGAUGCAAUAUGGUGGUCUCAAAUUACAGCUCUCUAUGGUUUGAUGUUCCCCAACGACAGAGAAGCAGCUUUCUCAAACUUUUUCUUUUGGAGCUUUCUUGGAUUUUUUCUGUGUUACUCCUAUGCAAAUUACUUCUCCGUAGCUUUGAAACUCGGCAUUUUAUUGUUUUUUCUUGUCACCGGGAUAAUCUGUUAUUUAAUUGGCCAAAUCAAGAUCAAGCGGUCACCUAGACGAGAAUACAUCGUUAUUGAGGAUGAAUGAAGAAACUAUAAGUGAUCAGUUUUAUUAUGUAUGUUGUGUUUAUUAUUGGAAGUCGAUUUGAAAACAAUCAUUGAUCAUGAGCUACAUGAGCAUUUUAAAAAAUGAGUUAUAGGAUGUAUGCUUUUAUGAUGAAAUAAUGGUUCCCUCUUAGCAAAUUAAAAAGAAAAAAACUUUUGUUAAACAGCGUUAACUACAUCUGCUUUAAAAAAUAGUUUUCCUUUGUUUCAGUUAUUAACCUUUUCACAAGAUAUAACACUGACCUCCUGCGGUAAUUCUGACUAUAAACAAGCCUGCGCGAUUCAGACUUAUGUAAUCAUAAAAUUAAGUAAAUGGUUGGGUUAGUAAAGUAGGAACAUUUUACUUUUUCCAGCUAAAAUAAUAAAAUCAAAUCUUUACAGUUUUAUUAAAUUAGCAGGUUUACGUUUUUAUAGCUUAUUAUUUAGUUAUAAAAAAGAGAUACAUAAAUGAGAAUAUUACAACAUACAUCACUAAAUUAACUAGUAAAAGCGAAGUUUCGUAUUAGCAUUGAUCAGACAGUACUAAUGCAGAUUUUAUUCGACUGAAAUGUCCAUAAAAAAUCUGAGUUAUAAUAAUAUUAUUAAAAUUUAUGCGCAUAUAUUUCAUAUGAACUUCUUCCUCUUCUCAAAUGACAGAGAUUUUUACGAAUUUUCUCUUGGUUGUCUUUGUUGAAUCAAUAUUUAGAUAAUAAUUAAAGAAUUAACACCUUUCGUUCCUUUCAUGACUUACAGACAUUGCAGCUCAGUGAUAUAUUAAAAGUACAAAUUUUCAACUUAGAGGUGAUUUGGAAAUUGUUGACAAUAAUUUCCUCUACUGAUGAAACUGCUCUUGGAUAAUUAUAGUGCGACUUCGUACUUUCUUUGUCAUGUUGAUUAUGAACGAAGAUUUAUCAUACUAUGAUGGCUUGUAACUGAUUAUGGCUCUGUGAUAUUUUGUAUAUGCAGAUAAAGAACAUUCUUAUGCUUUAACUGAAGUAUAGCUCACUGCCACGGUUUCUGUUUUCAGUAGAUGUUAAAUAAUAGAAUUUAAUUUGCUUGACUGCUGAUUCAGAUCUGAAAUUAUGUAACUUAAAAAAUAAAUAAAGUAAAUGAAUAUAAGGGAUGCUAUGGUAAUAAGAGAGUCCUUUAAAUAUUGUGAUGUGAAAUAUUUAUAUUAUUUAUAAAAUUCCUAUAUGUGUUAAAAUAUUUGUGAUUGUUAUGUUUCUGUGUUGUAACCAAUAUCUGACAAUCAGUACUCAAGAAAUGUCCUAUCUUUAUGGAAAAGAAUAAAAAUUAUUUCCUGCAACUCAUGUCUGAAUCCUAAGUUUUAUAACUAAAUGUAAAUAAUUUUAAUCAAUGGCCGAAAAUGGAUGAUUUGUUUUUAUAACUUCUCAAAGGUUUUAAUAAAAUGCCCUCAUAAGGACAUUUUAGAACAUUGAAAAGUUCUAGAUCUGAAUUAAAGCUUCUGUUACUUAUUUUAAAGUUGACUUUGGAUGAAUGGUUAUUUAGUAUAUAAAAUAGACUCUUAACUGUUUAUAUUAUAGACUAAAUAAUUAACUUUUAAAUAUGUAUGGUUUUAAUUCUUCGGUAAUUGAUUAAGUAGGCUGUUUAACUUCUGUUAUAUUUUAUAUGUCAUGAUUUACAGUUGAACUUUUUAAAAAAGUUUUACAAAUACUGGUUAGGUUCUUUGUAUUUCUGUAGUAUGUAUAUAAAUGCGUAAACUUUGAAUAGUGUACUUUCUCUCACAUUAGAAUAAAUCCCUUGCAAAUAAUA